AUGCCUAUCCCUCUGCUGGCGGAGGGUUUCGGCAGAGGUGUUGCCAACAUCCCGUACCUGUGGACUGUCGCUCAAGCAGCCGUGGCGAUUGGAGUGGUGGUUCUGUUGAAGUACUAUUUCGGCGGAGCGAGAUGUCGGUCGGAGCGGGUGAUGCAUGGGAAGGUGGUGAUGGUGACGGGAGGUACUUCAGGCAUUGGAGCCGAAGUGGUCAAUGAACUGGCCACUCGAGGUGCCCAGAUCAUUCUCUUGACGCACCAUACUCCCUCAGACCCCUUUCUCGUCGAUUACAUUGAAGAUCUACGGACGGUCACGAAUAACGAAUUGAUAUAUGCGGAACAGGUGGAUCUCUCGUCCUUACAUUCCAUUCGUGUGUUCGCGACGAAAUGGGUGGACAAUGCACCUCCGAGAAGACUGGAUAUGAUCAUCCUCUGUGCGAACAUUAUGACUCCUUUCUUCAGCAAAGGCCAGACAACGAUGGACGGCCUGGAAGCGGAAUGGGCAGUCAACUAUCUCAGUACUUUCCAUCUGCUGAGUAUCCUCUCGCCAGCAAUCCGAGCACAGCCACCGGACCGUGACGUGCGAAUUAUCUUCAGCACCUGCAACAGCUACAUUGGAGGAAAGUUGGAGUUCAAGGAAACCGAGACUGCUACCAAGUCCGGAAGUGUAUCAUAUGCCAGAAGCAAGUUGGCAAUCAUGGCAUUCGCAUAUGGUUUCCAGAGACAUCUGGAUGCCUACAAGCGGCCAGACAAGCAGCCUAACAACGCCCGUGCAUUGAUCGUCGAUCCAGGAUUCUCCCGCACACCAGGUACGCGACGUUGGCUUUCUGGCGGCUCGCUGUGGGGUCUGCUGAUGUAUCUCUUGGCCUGGCCGCUGUGGUGGUUGGUUCUCAAGUCGCCGAACCAAGGAGCGCAAAGCUAUCUGCUGGCCGCGAUGGAGGCGGAAUAUGCACGCGGUCCGGGAGGGAAGUUGAUCAAAGAAUGUAGAGACUACGAGCCUCUCCGGCCUGAAGUACAGAAUGAGGAGGUCGCGAAGAGGCUGUGGGAGUUCAGUGAGAAACAAAUCGAGCAGCUUGAGAAAGAAGGUGCCGUUAAGCGCGCUUUGGCAAAGAAGGAGGCGGAAAAGAAGGACAAGGGGAAGGACAAGACAAAGGAGGAUACAACUGCGGCUGCACCAGCUGCUACUACUGGUGAGGAGAAGAAGCCGGGAUCGGGGUCGAGAAGAAGUCGAAAAGCGAAAUAA